AUGCUUACGGUUUUCAACAGAAAGCUUAAGCGCUUCUGUUCUAGACUGGGAUGGCCGAUUCGACGCCGUCCCAAGCAAACAAUAGUCAUAAAAAAGUUUGGAAAAUCCAACUCAAGAACAAGAAAUGAAGCAAAUGCGUCAAAUACCACUGGUUCUGCUGUGAUCCAUCCAAGUAAGGAAUCGAGUGGCCUAAAAUCCAAGAAACCGAUAUGUGUUGCCACAUUUAAUGCUGCCCUGUUCUCCAUGGCACCUGCAGUUCCAGAGAUGGAAAAAUCAGCAAGUUUUGAGCCUGGAAAUCAAGGUUUUUUGAAGAAAAAGAAUGGAUUCGAGUAUGAUUUAAGGACGAAAUCUAUGAAUGAUCGUCCGAAAAGUAUAUUAAAGCAAUCUCCAUUGCGUUCAGACUCCAUGGAUUCAUCAGAAAAUCUCUCUAAACAACAGAAGUUUGCGAAAUCAAGAUUGCGGGUUUCAAUCAAUUUACCAGAUAAUGAGAUAUCUUUGAAGAAAAGUGGACACUCGGGCUUUUCUGAAGAGGAAAAAGAGGCAUCCUCAAGGGGGAGUAGUAUUAGUAGAAUCCUGAAAGGGAAGGCUCCGUUGAUAUGCAGCAAAAGUACGCCGUUUAGUGCCAUAAAUGGUGCUGAUUAUCCAAGUUUUAGAAGUACUCGGACCGUUCUUGAUGUUCUAAGAGAGUUGAAUGCAGACAUAUUGGCUUUGCAGGAUGUGAAAGCAGAGGAGGAAAAAGAAAUGAAACCUUUAUCUGAUUUGGCUAUAGCUUUAGGGAUGAAUUAUGUUUUUGCAGAGAGUUGGGCACCUGAAUAUGGGAAUGCAAUUUUGUCCAAAUGGCCUAUUAAGAAAUGGAGGGCUCAAAAAAUCUUUGAUGAAACUGACUUCAGGAAUGUUUUGAAAGCCACCAUUGAUGUUCCUCAGGUAGGAGAAAUCGACUUCUUCUGCACGCAUCUAGAUCAUUUAGACGAGAACUGGCGAAUGAAACAGAUAAAUGCAAUAAUCCAAUCUACGAACAUACCACACGUCUUAGCGGGGGGCCUAAAUUCUCUCGAUGAAACUGAUUACUCCCAAGAAAGAUGGACAGAUAUCGUUAAGUAUUAUGAAGAAAUGGGAAAGCCAACACCCAAACUUGAGGUGAUGAAAUACUUGAAGAGUGAACAUUACACAGAUGCAAAGGAUUUUGCUGGAGAGUGCGAGUCUGUCGUUAUGAUUGCCAAAGGACAAAAUGUACAGGGCACAUGCAAAUAUGGAACUAGAGUCGACUACAUAUUAUCAUCACCUAAUGCAGCAUACAAGUUUGUUCCUGGAUCAUACUCAGUUCUUUCUUCGAAAGGGACUUCUGAUCAUCAUAUAGUGAAAGUUGAUUUGAUGAAAGUAGAUAGCAAUCCUCAACAGCAAUAUGCUCAUAGGAGGCGACGGCAAUCCAAACAGAGAAUUGUGAAGAUAACACAUUCUUCUUCACCAUCAAAGGGUAUAUGGAAAACACAAUCUUGA